AUGAGCAGCGACACCGAGACCAAGGAGGAGCGCAGGGCCCGCAAGCAGGCCAAGAAGGAGGCCAAGCUCGCUGCUGCCGAGCCCGUCCAGGAGAUCAGGGAGGAGGUCACUGAGACCAAGGAGGAACGCAAGGCUCGUCGCAAGGCUGAGAAGGAGUCCAAGGCUGCCGCCGAGACCAAGGUCGAGGGGCCCAAGGCUGAGGAGCCCAAGGCCGAGGAGACCAAGGAGGAGCGCAAGGCUCGUCGCAAGGCCGAGAAGGAGGCCAAGCGCGCUGCCGAGGACAAGGACGCCGAAGAGAAGUCUGAUAAGAAGGACAAGAAGGACAAGAAGCGCAAGCACGACGAGACUGCCGAGGCCAAGACUGAGGCCACGGAGACCACCGACGUUGCCGCCGCUGAGCCCGAGGCCAAGAAGUCCAAGAAGCCCAAGGGAGCCAAGAAGGAGGUCAGCACCUCGGCCCCAGUGUUCUCGGACGAGGCUCUUUCUGAGCAGGCCAAGAAGGCCAUCUGGUACGCCCAGCAGUACAAGGAGCACGGCGGCGCGGUCGCCGGCUCGGCGUGGAAGUUCAACAAGGCCCGUCAGGGCUGGCUCCUGCGCAACUUCUGGAACGCCGAGGAGGUCACCGAGUCGUACCUCGAGGAUGUGGUGCACUACCUCAAGACCGUCGUCGGUGGUGCCCGCACGGGUCUCGUGGAGAAGGCACGCAAGUUCCUCAAGGGCGAGGAGGAAGUGAAGGAGGAGGUCACUGAGGCAAAGAAGGAUGAGAGCGCUGCCGACAAGCCAGACGAGGCUAUGGAGGUUGACGGCGAGACCAAGGAGCCUGUUGUCGAGGAGGUGGCCCCCGUCGCGCCAGACGCGUCGAUCGAGGUUCGCCGCGCGCGUGCUGAGAAGCUCCUCGCCGCCAUGGGCGAGGCUUAG